AUGCACCUCGUCACCCUCACCGCCGCUUUCUCCAUCCUCGCUAGCCUUACUUUUGCAGCUCCUCCAAAGCCCGAGUCGUGGAACGCCUCCGGCUUCGUCGGCGAAUGCGAGGGCUCAGAAUGCGCCUAUUAUUUUGAAAUCACCGCAAACAAGACCCCUAGGUUUGAAACCGCCUGCGCAGAGUAUACCAGAGAGGAUUAUGUCCCAUGCGCAGACAAGGCUGUCGAGGCCAAGGUCACCAAAGAAGAUUCCAAGUGGAUUAUCCACGUGAAGCACACCUGGUAUGAGGGCGAAGCGAGAUACACUGCACAUGGAAAUAACACUAUCGCCGAUAAAACGGAGGACUUUACUAUUCCAGUGACUGAGAUUACCGGAGUUGCCUAA